GGGCAAGGGCGGGCGGCGGCGGCGGCGGAGAGCAGGUCAUUGUGUAUAAUGUAGCUACAUCUGAAGGAGUACAAAGUGGCUUUGUCAUGCUGACUAACAGCAUAGGGCAUCAUUUAGUGGUGCGUGAAGCAAUGCUUCCAAGAAACCUGAAGGUAUUUCCCUACGUUUGUGGCAACAGAAUGUUGUCGGGUUUUAGACCUAAAAGCAACAUCAAGGACUCUUACAAAAUCCUUGAGCUUGAGGAAGGAUGUUCCCUUGAUGAUAUCAGAAACUCAUAUCGAAGUCUUGCCAAGAAGUACCAUCCAGACAGUGGUUCUGCCACAGCUGAUGCUGAAGCAUUUAUGAAAGUAGAAGAAGCGUACCGAGUAGUGCUCAGCGACGCAACGACCAAAAAGAAAGCAAACGACAAAAAUGAAGAGGAGGAGGAUCAGUUUAAAAUGCAAGCACCACAGCACAGACACUACUUGAGUUUUGAAGGUGUGGGUUUCGGAACACCCAGCCAAAGAGAAAAGCAGUACAUGCAAUUUCGUGUAGACCGUGCGACUGAGCAAGUGCUGGAGUACCGGAAGCAGAGACUUGAAAGCCAGUUUGUCGCGACUGACCUAAUGAAAGCCAAAGAUGUGAGGCAGAGCAAAAAGGUGAAGAUAACUCAGGCGGUUGAACGGUUGGUGGAGGACCUCAUCCAGGAAUCGAUGGCAAAGGGAGACUUUGACAACCUCAGUGGCAAAGGGAAGCCUCUGCAGAAGUUUUCAGACUGUCCACAUGUUGACCCUAUGACUCACAACUUGAACAGAAUUCUGAUAGACAAUGGGUACCAGCCGGAGUGGAUCCUGUUGCAGAAGGAAAUACGGGAAACUAUUGAGCAGUUAAGGAAGAGCAUAGUGGCAUCUAGAAGCAAGCUUGGAGAGCCAAUGAUACCAUACAGGCAAAAGCAGUGGAAUCGUGUUUGUGAGCAAUUCACAGAAGAUAUCAGGAAAUUAAACAAAAGAAUUGACAACUUCAAUUUAGUUGUUCCUAUUCUGAGCAGACAAAUGGUGCACUUCAAUGCUGACAAAGAAAUUGGCCGAGCACAAAAGACUUACGAAGCACUGAUGGAAAAUGGAGAGGCUUCUAAUUCAGACACAAAGGAAAAUGAGGAGGAAAAUGUUAAAAGGUUUGGGUGGAAGUCUUCUCUAUUGAAGUGGUUAAACUAUACAUCAAAAUAACACUAUCUGUCUUGUCAAGAUUUUGAAUGCACUUUAUUAACAAAACUUGUAACAUUAGUGAAAUUUCAGGUACACUGAAAAUGUAAAAUCCAGCUGUGCACUGUUACACCAAUUAAAAGGAAAUGGGUUGCCUGA